CCAUUCUUUAUCGUCACCAUCCCUCAAAUAAACAAAGCCGCUCGUACGUUUUUAAUGUGCUGAAUCCGUCUCGUCUGUCAUUUUUGCCGUGUGAUUUAUUCUGACAGCCGGGGUCCCCCGAAAAUAAGCCAUGGCGAGUGUGGAAGAGGAAGAAAUGGAGUACGAGAACGAAGAAGAGGACGAGGACGAGGAGUUCGAGGAGCGCCUCGAGGAAGAGGAGGAGUUGUCCGAGGAGGAGGAAGAUGAGGUACUGGAUGCUGUCAAGGAGGAGGCCCUCCGCUACAAGGUUCAAGAAUUGAAGAUGCAGGUGUACAAGUCUGGGUAGAAUAUGUCAUGUUCAUGCUCGGUGGAGGAGAUAUGGAUGGCACACGUAUAGUAGGAGAUCAGGCUCUCAUGGCUGUUGGCACACAUGUGGCAGAAGGAAUACUCGUCUGGCAGGUUGUUCUCUUAGUGGAAAAGCAGGUAUAUGCAGGAAUGCAGAAACCUGGCGCAAUUGAAAUGGAGGAUGAGAAGAAAAACCUUGAGAAGCAACUUGGCAGAAUUCAGGAUCUGUACAGAAGACAGGCACGAGUGUCUUUGCUCAAUUUAGACCCACAGAGCUUCUUAGAUGAGGCAGCUGAAUACUUUGGUGGCAGCAUUGAACCACAGAUGAGAGUGGACCUUGAUAAGGCACAGAAGAAACUGGACGAGAAAAUACCUUUUGAAGACGAACUGCUGAAAUGUGAUAGCGACCAAGAGAGGUUAACCAUUUAUCGCCGCUACAUCUCUUUUGUUCAAGACACUGACAACCCAGCGGCAGUGCAGUGCUUGUAUGAAAGAGCAGUUACUGAUCACUGCCUUGAUGCAGGUUUGUGGGAAGAAUAUGUUCGAUACCUACUUAAGCAGUUCCAGGGACUUGAUUACGUUGUGUUACCAGUCUGUGAACGAAGUCAGAGAAAUUGUCCCUGGUCUGCAUCCCUUUGCUCACAGCACAUCAGAGCUUUGCAGUUAUUUGCUCAAAAGGGUGACAGUAAUCUCACCAAGAAAAUUAAAGGUGCCUUAGAAAUAGGUCUUGGCUGUGGCCUCCAGUCCGGUAGCGAAGCCACCCGUAUGUGGAUGGCGUAUUUGGUAUACUUGCGCAGACAGAUCGAUUGGGAUAAGGAGUUUGAAAAGCCAUUGCACGAUGUUAGAGAAGCAUGCCAACAGGCCAUUGAAAUGAUUGAUGACAACUUUGGGGAGGAAGGAGAUAUUGACAGCGAGGUCGCUAGAUUCUGGGCACGUAUUGAAACAGAAUUGGCAAAAAACCCUGAGAGAUCAAGAGAGAUCUGGAACGACAUUAUUAUGAAGAGAAACGACAACUUCAAGAACUCAAGUCUGUGGCUUGAGUUUAUAAAUCUGGAAAGGAGUUAUGGAUCUGAGAAACAUUGUAGAAAGCUUUUCCGUCGUGCCCUAGAACGUGUCUGGGACUCUGUAGAAGUGAUUGGUGAUGCAUAUCUUCAUUUUGAACAAGAACUUGGAACAUUGGAGACAAUGGAGGACUUCAUCAAAAGAUAUGAUGACAGGAUGGCGAUAGUCAGGCGAAAGAGAGCUGAAGAUGCAGCAAAAUUGCAAGCAGAAGAAGAGGCGAAAAAAGAUAGGUUCAGCAAGAUGAAAGACCGAGGCAGGAGCAUCAAGAGGUCCAACAAAGACAGACAGACCAACGGGCACUCCCAGGAUGAUGCUGUAUUCAAAACUCCUCUUAAUGUUCCAAAGAAACCCAAAGGUUUCAUAUAUGACGCCAUUUCAUCACAGUCAAUGUGCAAUAAGGAUCCUGAACCACCACCAAGUUUCAGAAAUACUGUAGCUGCUCCUCCAGGAUUUACUAGUAAUGCAGGUUCUUCAGGAAGUAGUAAGAGUGAUGUAGCACCACCACCUGGCUUUAAGGAUGAUGGUAGUCCUCCUCCAGGCUACAAAGGUGACAUUGCUCCACCACCUGGUUUUAAACGAAAAGCUGAUGGAGUGGAGGCAGAAGCUCAAGCUAAAAAAGCUAAACUUGCAGAGGUCUAUGGUAUUUAUACGGAUAAAGAUACCGAUGAUGAUUUGACCACAGUAUUCAUCAGCAACUUGGCCUUUGGAAUAGAUAAGCAGGACAUCAUUCCGUUGUUCUCUGGAUGUGGUGAAAUCAAGGAUUUCCGACUAGUCAAAGAUUACAAGUACCGCAGUAAGGGCUAUGGAUACCUUGUUUUUAAAACACAAGAGGCUGUGAAGAAAGCUUUAGAAAUGGACCGUGUCUCGCUCAAUGACAGACCUGUAUAUGUCUCAAAGUAUGAUCCAGAAGGACAAAGUCACUUCUUUAAGUAUGCAGUGGGAGAGGAGAGAAAGAAACUUUUUAUUCGUGGAUUGCCAUUUGACAUGACACAGGAUGACGUUAAAGAAGCAUUUCUUCCCCAUGGCGAAAUCAAAGACAUCAGACUUGUCAGCUUCAGAAAUGGCUUUUCAAAAGGGACUUGCUACAUUGAGUACCAAAGCGAGGAAGAGGCUGAAAAAGUACGCCAAGCGAUGGAUGGUAAAGAACUUCGUGGCAAAGUUAUUAGUGUGCUGAUUAGUAAUCCCCCAUCAAAGGACAAGUCCAACAAUCCCAAGCCCACAGCCAAAGAAAAUACACUUGGAAGUAACAAUAAGGGUAAAAAUGUACCUGGUGGCCGCAAGAAAGGCAUGUUUGACUUGAUGCCAAGAUCAUUAAUGCGUGCUUCAGGUUCCUCUGAAAAAGAUGACAAAGCUGCAACAGAGGAAUCUGCUAAACCCAAGUCUAAUGAUGACUUUAGGAAAAUGUUCCUUAAGUAAAAUUUUGUGCACCAGGCAGUGAUAACAUUUUUUUACUUUAAAAAAUGAAAAAAAAGUGGUUUUGCCAAAAUCGUUUUUUUACUUGAUAACCAUAUAUUGUUUUCAAGGAUGUUUAGUUAACUGUAUUUUACAUGAAGAUAAAAUAUUUGAUUUUGCAAGAGUUGCAAAUUCUGUAGUUUAUAUAAAAUGUGCAAGUUUUUAUAAAUAAGUUAAUAUUA